AUGAAAUAUUUCAAGUUCAAAUGGGCCUUCUUGGUUCAGGCAAUUUUGUGCUCACAAUCACAAGACAUGGGCACUUUUGAUUUUGAGUCUCCUCUAGAGAGCGAUCCAGAAAGAUUUUUAGGGAAGAGGGAAGAUGAACUCUUGGAAAUUUUAAAAUCACAAGCAGAAAGUAUAAAAAGUGCCGUUUGUAACAUUAUAAGUGGAAGUUGGGGAGGUGAAUUACCCGGUGGUACUAGUACUGGGGAAGGUGAAGAAGAAGAACCAUCGUAUUAUUCUGAUGAACAUCCUGGUCCUUACGAGAAUUGUGAAUGGGCCACGAAUUCCUUAGAACCUCUUAGUGAUACCACCACUAAAACAUUACCUGAACUUACAAGUGGUCUUGUUUAUAUAACAAGUGCUCUACUAAGUAAGAAUUUUGAAGUAUCGGAAUUUCGAGAAAGAAUUGACUCUUUUAUGCGUAUAAUACUCAAAAAAAGUAUCGACGAAGCGAAAACUGAAGAUGAUCCUAACGUUAAAGCCAUAGAAUCUUCACAAGCUGAAGCACUUCAGGCUAUAGGACAAAUAGAAUCGAUGUCAUCAAGUAUUUCGGAGAUUUACAUUUAA